AUGGACUGCGAAAAGUGUAUCGGUGUGAAGGGCUGUGCGUUUUGGUACUGCGGUUCAGAAGGAAUAGGUCCUAAGCCAUUGGCAACCACAAUCCCGACAAUAGCAACUACUACCGAUACUAGUCCGUCCACCAUCACCACUACAAUACACCAUUCCAGUACCAUGCUCAAAUCAACCACUGAACAAACAACAAGUACCCAGCAUGAGACUAGCACCACAAGUAAACCCACAGCUCCUACAUCUACAGAACUUAACCCCAAGGAUCCGGAAACUAAUCGUAAGCUAACCGGUUGGACAAUAGCCGUGAAGGAGUGGUCGACCACUGGACUGACGGCUAGAUUCACGACAACACCACUCACUCUAUGUCCGUACGGCUCGAGUGGAAAGGGAUCUGCAUUUGGAGGACAGUGUAAUACUAGUGAAAGUGAAGGAGUGGUCGACCACUGGACUGACCGUACGGUUCACUGCAACCAAACAGACUCUGGAGUUGUGUUUCACAUAAUAAUCAGUGAUUUUGUGGUCAAGUAUUGA